AUGACCGACGGCACCAUGCAGGUCGAUAACCCCCAAGAAACCGUGGAGCUCAUCAAGCAAGGCGAGAUUGAUGAGAGUCUGUACAGCCGUCAACUCUAUGUUCUCGGCCACGAGGCCAUGAAGCGCAUGGGCUCCUCCAAUGUUCUUGUUGUAGGUCUCAAGGGACUCGGUGUUGAGAUUGCGAAAAACAUUGCCCUUGCCGGAGUUAAAUCCCUCACCCUCUAUGACCCCGCACCCGUCGCCAUCUCCGAUCUUUCCUCUCAGUUCUUCCUCCAACAACAAGAUGUCGGCAAGCCGCGUGCUGAUGUCACCGCCCCGCGAGUCGCCGAACUCAACUCCUAUGUGCCAGUUACUAUUCAUGAAGGCGGGAACCUCGUGGGGGAUCUGGAACAGCUCAAACGUUACCAGGCCGUGGUCUUGACCCAAACACCACUAAAGGAGCAACUGGCUAUUGCAGACUUCUGCCACAAGAAUCAGAUCUAUCUGACCAUCGCAGACACCUUUGGACUUUUCGGUUAUAUCUUCAAUGACUUUGGUAAGAACUUCACUGUUGGUGAUCCUACUGGCGAGGACCCUGUUGGUGGAAUCGUUGCCGACAUUGCCGAGGAUGGUCUCGUUUCUGCGUUGGAUGAAACCCGUCACGGACUAGAGGAUGGCGACUUUGUCACUUUCACCGAAGUCAAGGGUAUGGAUGGCUUGAAUGGCAGUGCCCCACGCAAGAUUACUGUGAAGGGUCCCUAUACUUUCACCAUUGGCGAUGUUUCCGAGCUCGGGUCCUACCAGGGCGGCGGUCUCUAUACUCAAGUGAAAAUGCCCAAGUUCAUCGAUUUCCAGCCUUUAGCAGAGCAGCUCAAGAAACCCGAGUUCUUGGUUUCCGAUUUCGCCAAAUUCGACCGGCCGCAGCAGCUCCACAUCGGUGUUCAAGCUCUCCACCAGUUUGCGGAAACCCAUCAACAUCAACUACCCCGCCCACACAACGAUGCUGAUGCUCAGGAGGUAUUGAAGAUUGCCACCGAGCUUGCUUCUGCGGAGGAGGAGAAGAUUGAGCUUGAUGAGAAGAUUCUUAAGGAGCUGAGCUACCAGGCUCGUGGUGAUCUCAACGCAUUAGCCGCGUUCUUUGGUGGUAUUGCUGCCCAAGAGGUCCUGAAGGCCGUCUCUGGGAAGUUCAAUCCUGUACACCAGUGGAUGUACUUCGACUCCCUGGAGUCUUUGCCCUCCAAUAGUACUCGGUCCGAGGAGAGCUGCAAGCCUAUUGGCUCUCGCUAUGAUGGCCAGAUUGCGGUUUUUGGAAAGGAGUACCAGGAAAAGCUCUCCAAUGUGAAGCAGUUCCUCGUUGGUGCUGGUGCUAUUGGUUGCGAGACUCUGAAGAACUGGGCCAUGAUGGGCCUGGGUACUGGUCCCGAGGGCAAAAUCUUUGUCACCGACAUGGACCAAAUUGAAAAGAGCAACCUCAACCGUCAAUUCCUCUUCCGCCCCAAGGAUGUGGGCCGUCUUAAGAGCGAAUGCGCCUCAGCUGCGGUUCAGGCCAUGAAUCCCGAGCUCAACGACAAGAUCGUCACUCUCCGCGACCGCGUUGGGGCCGAUACGGAGCACAUCUUUAAUGAGGAUUUCUGGAAUGGACUGGAUGGUGUGACCAACGCUUUGGAUAAUGUGGAUGCCCGUACGUACGUGGACCGUCGCUGUGUCUUCUUCCGCAAGCCUCUCCUGGAGAGCGGCACUCUCGGCACCAAGGGCAACACCCAGGUUGUCCUGCCUUUUAUCACCGAGUCCUACUCAAGCUCUCAGGAUCCACCCGAGAAGUCGUUCCCAAUGUGUACACUGAAGAGUUUCCCUAACCGCAUUGAGCAUACUAUUGCCUGGGCUCGAGAUCUUUUCCAGACUUAUUUCGUCGGUCCGCCGGAGUCUGUGAACCUGUAUCUUUCGCAGGCCGACUACAUUGACCAGACACUCAAGCAGGCGGGCAACGAGAAGCAAACUCUGGAGCACCUCCGUGACUUCCUGGUUACAGAGAAGCCUCUGACCUUCGAUGACUGCAUUGUAUGGGCUCGUCAGCAAUUCGAGGCUCAGUACAACAAUGCUAUCCAGCAAUUGCUCUACAACUUCCCAAAGGAUUCAAAGACUUCUUCGGGUCAACUCUUUUGGUCUGGCCCCAAGCGUGCACCAACUCCUCUCAAGUUUGAUAGCGCCAAUCCCUCUCACAUUGGUUUCGUGAUUGCGGGCGCCAACCUCCAUGCCUUCAACUACGAUAUUAAGAACCCCGGUGCGGACAAGGGCUACUAUCGUAAGGUCGUCGAUGAUAUGAUCAUCCCAGAGUUCACACCCAGCUCCAACGUGAGGAUUCAAGCCAACGAGAACGAUCCGGACCCGAAUGCCCAACCCUCUGGAUCGACCAAUGACGCCGACGAAGUCCAAAAACUUGUGGCUACUCUGCCAUCGCCUAAAUCUCUCGCCGGCUUCCGUCUACACCCCGUCGAAUUCGAGAAGGACGACGAUACGAACCACCACAUCGACUUCAUCACGGCUGCUAGUAACCUCCGCGCUGACAACUAUGAAAUUCCUCAGGCGGAUCGUCACAAGACCAAGUUCAUUGCGGGCAAGAUCAUCCCCGCUAUUGCUACUGCUACUGCCCUGGUCACCGGUCUGGUGGCUCUAGAGCUGUUCAAGGUUGUCGACGGCAAGGAUGAUAUCGAGCAGUACAAGAACGGCUUCAUUAACCUUGCGCUGCCAUUUUUUGGAUUCAGUGAACCGAUCGGCAGCGAAAAGGGCAAGUAUCAAGGCAAGGAGGGCGAAGUUACCAUCGACCGACUUUGGGAUCGAUUCGAGGUGGAUGACAUCCCUCUCCAGGAGUUCUUGGAUUACUUUGCCAGCAAGGGUCUGGACAUCACAAUGGUCAGCUCUGGAGUUAGCUUGCUUUAUGCCAGCUUCUACCCCCCUUCAAAGGUGAAGGACCGUCUCCCGCUACCGAUGAGCAAGCUUGUCGAGCACGUCAGCAAGAAGCCGGUCCCCGACCACCAAAAGAAUAUCAUUUUCGAGGUGACGGCCGAAGAUCAAACCGAGGAAGAUGUGGAAGUCCCUUACGUGAUGGUCAAGCUGGCGAAAUAA